CCUUCUGUUGUUAUCCCAGGAUCAGAGUUGACAAUGUUUACCAAUGCCCCUCCUACCUCUCUAAAACCAGCUGUCAUUUAACGAGAUGACUCAUUGCUGUGGCAGUGGCAAACGGAGUGGUUAAUGGUUUACCACAAAAACAUUAUCAUUGCAGUUGUUGUCAUUGUCGUCGUCUUUUUGUCAUUUCGUUUUUAUCGUCGUCGUCGUAUUUUUUCUCUUCGUUCCUGGGUUCGCUACUGUCACCAGUUGAAGUUAGGGGUCGCGCGUGCGCCCCGUACCGUCACCGAUCGACUGCGGUUUCCGCUAUUCCUCACAAGUGGUUUUUAUCUUCUCACAGACAGUUACUAUCGUUCAGCGAUGGGUUGCGACGGCGGAACCAUACCCAAGAGGGACGAGCUGGUACGGACCAAAAAGAAACCCGAACAGAAGGAUAAAUCAUCAGUGCAAUUAUAUCGUUGGCGUAAUUGUCAAUUGACUCAGGAAUCUCUUCGACCACCAAUAGUAGCUUGUGGCAUGGGUCUUUUGUACAAUAAAGAAUCAGUUUUACAGCAUUUAGUGAAUAAAACUCCAUUCCCUGAAGCUUCAGCACAUAUUAAGAGUUUAAAAGAUAUAAAAGUUUUGAAGUUAACUCCCAAUCCAGCAUUCAGUGGAAAAGCUAAGAGUGUUGGAGGAUAUAUUGAUGAUAUAAGUUCACCUUAUAUUUGCCCUCUAGUUGGUUUAGAAAUGAACGACCGAUCAAAGUUUUGUGUCUUAUGGAAAUGUGGAUGUGUUGUUUCCGAGAGAGGUCUCAAACUAGGAGUAGAUAAUAAAUGUAUAAAUUGUGUAAUGGAAUAUGAAGACGAUGAUGUAGUUAUAUUAAAUCCAACGGAUGAAGAUAUAAAUUUAAUGAGAAUUAGAUUGGCUAAACGCAAAGAUAAAAUUAAGAGUAAGAAACUUAAAGUCAAACAAGAAGUUAUAGUUAAAGAAGAACCAGUUAAUCAAGUUAAUGAAGAAUUCCCUAUCAUUCCAUCAACAAAUACUGUUAAAACUGAACAUAGUAGUGUUAAAAUGGAAAUAAAAAGAGAAGAUACUAAUAUAAAAUCAGAAUUAAAAGUGAAGAAAGACCAGACAAAGAGAUUAAUCAGUAGUGCUGCAGGGUCAAAUUCCUCAGUCUCUGUUAACUGCCGCAAACUAGAAGACCCUGUGUAUAAAAAAGCAAAACUUACACACAGUAUUGCCAAAGACCAAACUGCUACCAAUGUUUAUAAGUCAUUAUUUACAAGUCAUGAGGAUGACAAAAAUCAAACUCGUGCUCAUUGGAUCACAUAUAAUCCGUUCUAUAAUUAAAUAUUGUUGGUUACUUAACUCUUUUGUACCAUCAUAAUAUUUUCCAUUAAAAAAGGUCUUUAAACAUGUAUCUUUUAAUACACUGCAAAACAUAAUUAAAACA